GCGGCGGCGGCGGGCGGGCGCUGAGGGCCGGCGGCAGCAUGGAGGCGAUCUGGCUGUACCAGUUCCGCCUCAUCGUCAUCGGCGACUCCACCGUGGGCAAGUCCUGCCUCAUCCGCCGCUUCACCGAGGGCCGCUUCGCCCAGAUCUCCGACCCCACCGUGGGCGUGGAUUUCUUCUCCAGGCUGGUGGAGAUCGAGCCUGGCAAGAGGAUCAAGCUGCAGAUCUGGGACACGGCCGGGCAGGAGCGGUUCCGGUCCAUCACCAGAGCCUACUACAGGAACUCGGUGGGAGGGCUGCUCCUCUUUGACAUCACAAACCGCAGAUCUUUCCAGAACGUGCACGAGUGGCUGGAGGAGACCAAGGUGCACGUGCAGCCCUACCAGAUCGUGUUUGUGCUGGUGGGGCACAAGUGUGACCUGGACACGCAGCGGCAGGUGACGCGGCACGAGGCGGAGAAACUGGCUGCGGCCUACGGCAUGAGGUACAUCGAGACCUCGGCCCGCGACGCCAUCAACGUGGAGAAGGCCUUCACCGACCUGACCCGGGACAUCUACGAGCUGGUGAAAAGGGGGGACAUUUCCAUCCAGGAGGGAUGGGAAGGGGUAAAGAGUGGCUUUGUCCCGAACGUAGUGCACUCCUCAGAAGAAGUGGUGAAAUCAGAUAGAAGGUGCUUGUGCUGAGCUCCUCUAGGGAGGCCGUGGUGAUGGACUCUACUAACCAAGUGUUCUUUACUAAGUGAACUCAGUGUGACAGAGGGGAGAGCCACGCUCCCGCUGUGAACAGCCUCCCACGUUGUUUUGGACACCAGGACAGACCCUGGAAAGAAAUGUUCUGUUCCAAAUAACCUUUCAGAACUGGGGGCUACAAACCUGAAGGAGAGUGAGUGAGGGUGCAUGUGGAUGUUGUAAGGAGACAGGAAGCAGAAAUGAGGGGCUGCACAACACAGGAGAGGGUAUGCAGAGCUGAAUGGGCUGGUACAUGCCAGGGUACUGUACAUGUUCUCUUUUAAGUAAACCCAUAGCUCCCUGCUGGCUUUUGGAGCCACAGGAUGGAUACUCAGUCGUAUGACAAACAGGCAGACAGAGAGAAAGCAGGAGGAUGUUUUGGUUUGUGUCAGCUAUUUCUUUCCAGGAAGGUCUAAAGGCAGCACAGAUACCAUUUCCUCAUAAGGUCAGUUCCACAGGAGUUUACUGACAUGGUAUGCACACUUCGGAGUUUUCUUUCUUAUGUUCUUGAGCCUAGUCCGAUAGCAAAGAAUAUUUUGUGGGGUUUAAAGAGGAAAACAGUACUUAUUUGAUUGGUAAUUAAAGUUCAAAUUAUUCCUCCCUUAACAGUGUUUUUCUUGCUGUGCUGAACCAAGACUCUAAGUGGCAACUCUUGCUGCAGUAGAGAUUAUUCAAUGCAAUUUUUACUCAUUUAGUGCCUGGGUGAGUACCUUGAAAGUACCCCAAGUUCAGGCUUUCCAGCAGAAUUAAGUAAUCAAGAGCAUAAAAAGAGAACCAUGUCCUCAGGUGUUAUGUGUUAACACUGGGGUGUUGCAGCCAUGUGGGACACACCAUUUCUGACUCAGUAACAGCACUGCUGACCUUACCAGCCAGGUCACAAGGAGGAAUGGAAACGAAGGAGGGAAAAAAGAAACCCAACAAAAUAAAAAACUUGAAAAGCUUAACUCAGGUGCAUCAGACAUCCUAAAAGGUGAGAUUAGCUCUUAAAGAAAUUAAAUAGCAUUGAAAGCAACAGCUUCCAUCAGUACUUUCUGCUGUUAAAAUGUAAUUUUCUGUCUUAACCUCUGUGGAAGAGAACUGGCCCUGGGAAGGUGGAACACACAGCAGGAGUGUCUGAGCAGGUGGGAAGGAAAGCCUCAAGACACACUCAAGGGUAAAAUUUGUUUUCCUCCAUGUUUUAGUUUGACAAAAGAGGAUCCAUCUCAGGCUGGCCAUCAUGGGAUGGCAGCCACAUCACAAAAGCUGUAUGUAGGUGGAUGUUUUCCGGGAAUGCCAUUCACCACUUAAAAGCUUUGCUUCUGCCAAAUUUUAACCCAAGCUUUUGAAGUGCAAUGGGGUGACUGUGCUCCUGUAGCAAAUUAGGGAACCUGAGCCUAUUGAAAGUGAGCAAACAAAACUAUAGUGACUUUUUUUACUUGUGUUUGAAAGCUUUAUACUGCAAUGGGCAGGAUGGGGGAUUAGGUAAAAGCCACAGGAAGCAUCUAGUGUUUAUUUUUGGCCUCUGAGUAGAGAAAAAGAAAAUAUUUGUUCCAGCUUUAUAAUCUACAGAAAUACAGGUGUUGAUUGCUGUUGAGUUCAGACUGUUUCUCCUUCUGAACCCAUUCUCACAGUUUGCAGCAGCACAUGGGCAGCUCUGUAUUAAGAAAAAACCUGUGAUUUCCAUAUUGAAGCUGUAAAAAACCCAAACCCACAGAAAACCCAACCCAGCAACCCAAACCCUGAACACUUUUGCUUUUGGUGUUCUAGGAACAAUUUCAGUUCCUGGGCUCUGCAGGGGAGCAGCAGAGCUGCACCUGCUGGGAGGGCACAGGGAGCAAAUGCCAGGAGGGGGUGGCAGUGCCUGGUGCUCCUUGGUGAGCUUGGAAUGGGCUGUGAGUGCAUCCAACAGCUCCUGCUCAAGGGCAGUGAGUGCCAGGCACUUGUGCUUGAGUUGAGUGCCCUGAAGA